UUCCUUUCAAACUUUCGGGGGGAGCUGAUGUGGAGGUGUUGUAGUAGUUUGGAACAUUUUUGUCCCAUCAUCUUGCCGUAGUGUUUACAAUUAGCUUUUAUGUUGCUAUCAUGGACGCGUCAGUUACGUCUUCGGCAGGCUUGUUCGUACCUUUAUAACGGUUUAUUUUAUCAUAAAGGUUUUUUAUAUAUAUCUUGCUUUGCUGCCAUGCUUUACUACUUACUUUCCCUGGUAAUAAUUUGGUUUUAGUUAAAAGUUAACAGCGCCAACAGAAAAUGUUUAGUUAGCUACAUCACUAGCUAAAAUAUUUACCCAAAGCAACAGGAGUCAUUUGGUUUUACUUUUUAGGAUGGCUCUGUUGUGUGAACUGACUGUGACUGUACUCCUCCUCGCCUUGUCUUUGCUAGUAUGCUUGUACAGCCACCACUUGUCCAGCUAUGAAGAGAGACUGGUUCGGUCAGUUAGUGACAAGUACAGUGGGAACAUAGUACACAAACAGCUUGUUUAUAAUCCAGCAAAAAGAAAGAACAUGUCAAAGAGCGAUAUUCACCCAGAGAUCCAUCAUGACUUUGGAAUUUCCAGAGAAAGUGAAUGCACUAUGGCCCCAGAGAGUCGGUUUGACUGUGGCAAGGACAGACUUCUGAGCAAGGAGGAGUGUGAGGAGAGAGGAUGCUGCUACUCCCCUCUGCCAUUUUCUACAGGACCGCCCUGGUGUUUCUACCCCCAUUCCUAUCCUGGCUAUGAGAUGGGUCCCCUCACUCCAAGCACGCAGGGACAGGUUGCCAGCCUGACUAGAACCUCCCCCUCCUACCUUCCUAAAGAUAUGUCCACUCUGAGCUUAGAAGUCAUAGAGGAGACUUCAAGCUGCAUGCACAUCACUUUAAAGGAUCCAUCUCGUCAGCGGUAUGAAGUUGACCUCCCAGCUGGCAUCCCUCAGAACAAAGUUUAUUCGCAGGACGUCCUCUAUACCACUGAAUACCAGUCCAACCCAUUUGGUUUCAUAGUGCGACGAAAAACCAAUGGAAGAGUGAUUAUGAACACCACUGUUGCUCCCCUACUGUUUGCUGACCAGUAUCUGCAGCUGUCCACCACACUGGCCUCCUCCCUCGUGUCUGGCCUUGGGGAGCAUUACACCUCUCUCCUCCUGGACCUCAACUGGACUUCUCUGACUUUCUGGAACAGAGACAUGGCACCUUAUGCUGGUGCUAACCUCUAUGGCUCCCACCCGUUUUAUAUAGUACAAGAAGGAGAUGGCUUGGCACAUGGAGUUUUCCUUCUUAAUAGCAAUGCAAUUGAAGUGAUAUUGCAGCCAACCCCAGCUCUCACCUGGGUAUCUACUGGUGGAAUCCUAGAUUUGUAUGUUUUUUUGGGUCCUGAUUCCCAAAGCGUCAUACGGCAGUACCUCCAGAUUGUUGGAUUUCCCAUGAUGCCUCCCUAUUGGUCAUUGGGCUUUCAUCUCUGUCGCUGGGGCUACACAACCACCAAUGCAACUCGGAGGGUUACACAACACAUGCACAAUGCUAAUUUUCCCAUGGAUGUACAAUGGAAUGACUUGGAUUAUGCAGACAAGCGGAGGGUCUUCACCUUUGACCCCUGGAGAUUUGGGGACCUGCCAGAGAUGGUGGAAGAGUUUCAUAAGGAAGGCAUGAAGUACAUCCUUAUUCUGGACCCAGGUAUCAGCAGCACCAGCCCUCCUGGGACUUACCCUCCCUUUGAUGAUGGACUGAAACGAGAUGUUUUCAUUAAAAAUGCUACAGGACAUAUUCUGAUAGGGAAGGUUUGGCCCGGCCCAACAACCUUUCCUGACUUCACUAAUCCAGAGACCAGACAAUGGUGGGAGGACUGCAUAAGGGAUUUUCAUACCAAAGUUCCUGUUGAUGGUCUGUGGAUUGAUAUGAAUGAACCAGCUAGUUUUGUCCAGGGCUCAAUGGAUGGCUGUCCUGACAGCGAUCUAGAGAAUCCACCAUACACACCCAGGGUGGUUGGAGGCCAGUUGAACUCAGGAACUCUUUGUAUGUCGUCUCAGCAGAAGCUGUCUACUCACUACAACCUGCACAAUCUUUACGGACUCACUGAAGCCUAUGCAACACACAGUGCGCUCUUGAAGAUACGAAAAAAGAGGCCGUUUGUAUUGUCUCGCUCCUCUUUCCCUGGUAUCGGACGCUUUUCUGGAGUGUGGACAGGAGACGUCAGGAGUGACUGGGAGCAGCUUCGAUUCUCCAUCCCUGUGGUGCUGCAGUUCAGCCUGUUUGGGGUGCCUCUGGUGGGUGCGGACAUCUGUGGCUUUGGAGGCAACACCACUGAGGAGUUGUGUGUGAGAUGGAUGCAGCUUGGAGCCUUUUAUCCAUUUAUGAGAAACCACAAUGACAAGCCCAAUGCUCCUCAAGAACCCUAUGUAUUUGGGCAGAAGGCCCAGGCGGCCAUGCGGAGUGCACUGAACCUGCGCUACUCCCUUCUCCCAUUCCUCUACACACUCUUUCAUCAUGCACACACUUCUGCUGACACCGUGGCUAGGCCUCUCUUCCUGGAGUUUCCUACUGAUCCUUACUGUCAGACCAUAGACCGCCAGUUUCUGUGGGGAAGCUCACUUCUCAUCAGCCCAGUUUUAGAGCAAGGAGCAGUGAAAUUAAAUGCAUAUCUGCCAGCUGGCACGUGGUACAGCCUGCACAAUGGUCAGCCUUUCUACAGUAAGGGUCAGUACCUGCUCCUGCAAGCCCCUCUGGACACUAUAAACGUUCAUGUGCGGGAGGGACACAUUAUCCCCCAACAGGAGCCUGCUUUGACAACCACAGCAUCACGCAGAAAGCCUUUCUUCCUGACGGUGGCACUGUCAGCAGGUGGCUGGGCUUUGGGUGACUUGUUCUGGGAUGACGGAGACAGUCCUAAAACCUUUGAAAUGCAAAAUUAUUGCUACGUUAUCUUCAGUGCUGAACAGUCUCAGAUUGUAAGUGCCCCACAGAAGCUGAAUGGGGACUUGGACAGUCUGGUGUUGGGGGGACUUCAGGUAUUCGGGGUGCCCUCAGCGCCUCUGUAUGUAUUAGCAAACGGGGAGAAAGUCAGUGAUUUCACAUAUUGUACUGACACUAAGGUUCUGACAGUGACUAACCUGGCCUUACCUUUGCCAAAGCCAUUUACAGUCCAGUGGGCUCUCUGAUGCACUGUCUUUAUUUCCUGUGGGCCUUAGGGAGCCUUGGCUUCUGCACUUCUGCCAAAAGGAUCCACUGCAUUUUCCUGCAGUGACACCAACAGAUUUCUUUGUGCCACUGCAACCUUACCAGAGUGCAUUAUGCACCGUAUGUAUGCGCUCUGCCUCCUCUUUCAAGGUGACAAGCUCUGUAACCAGCAGGCUUUUUAAAAACUGUGGUACAUCAAGCCACAGAAGAUUUUGUGGUAUUUGGUUCAUCCGCUCUGUAAUUUUGUUGCUUACUUGUACAAAGAAAUUGGACAUUUUGAUUAAGAAUAAAUUGCUAUAGUGUUCAUAACUAUUUUUGUUGCUUUUUUUAAGUUAUUAAAAUAUGUUAUUAAAAAUGCC